AUGGUAAACUAUUCAACAGUGAGAGUAGGAAAGAAAUACUCGCCUUCAUUUAAGGUAUAUGUAGCACAGGGUGGGAAGAUAGUUUCCCCAUUUCACGAUGUUCCCUUGUAUAUGUCAGAAAAUAGGGAUGUUGUAUCUGUGGUCAAUGAAAUUCCCAGGUUUGAGAACGGGAAGUUUGAAAUCAAUAAGGAGGAGAGAUUUAAUCCAAUAAAGCAGGAUUCUAAGAACGGAUGGCCAAGAUUUGUAAAGAAUGUUUUUCCUAUGAAGGGAUACCUAUGGAAUUAUGGCGCCUUACCACAAACAUGGGAGAAUCCUCAUGAAAUUGACAAGCACGUUGGAGCAAAAGGUGAUAAUGAUCCUCUGGAUGUCAUUGAGAUAGGAGCAAGGAGAAAGGAAAUCGGAGAGGUUUACCAAGCAAAGGUCCUCGGGAGUAUUGCAUUGGUUGAUGAAGAUGAAUGUGACUGGAAAGUAGUAGUUAUUGAUGUCAAUGAUGAAAAGGCUAAAGAAAUUAAUGACAUUGAAGAUGUUCGGAAAGCUUACAGGGGGUUGCUUGAGCAAACGAUCUUUUGGUUUGAGAACUACAAAGUUCCAGAUGGGAAGAGUAAGAACAGUUUUGCUUUAGAUGGAAAGUACAUGAACAAGGAGUUUACUGUAAAUAUCGUCAAAAGUGCUCAUGAAAAUUGGUGUGGGAUGGUGAAUUCCAAGGGCAAUGAUUCCAUUUGCAAAGAAAAUUCUACCUUGAUGGAUAAGAUCGAUCCUCCAAUGAUUUCCCAUGAAGAGUUGUCCGACGAAGAGGCUCCUGAGUAUAUCAACCAAUUUGAAUUCAUUAAAUGA